CUCACUCUUCACCUCAAUACUUUGAGUAUGGACCUUUUGCCAGUUACUUUCCUGAUAACCAUUCUCAAGUUUCAGCUUUCAAGAGGUCAAAUAGAAUACGCAGUUCGGAUUUACCCUGCAGAGAAGUACGUGGCUUCCAUAGGAGAAAAUGUGACCUUCUCUUGCUUAGUGACUGGCCACCAAAGAAAUGACGGGCCGAGCAUUCACGCAUUUUGGCAACACGGCGGUAAAACAGUGAAACAUUGUCAGUUCCCACCAAAACCCAACCGAGAUGUUUUUGACGAACGUUGCAACUUGACUGUUUAUAGAGUGGCAAUGGAGCGCCAGUACAAGUGCACUCUGUUCUACCAGGGCACACAAACUGAAACUCUCCUAGUCGAAGUAAUUGUGCCUGUAAUAGAUAUAAGAGAUCUCUACACAGGGAAUCUUAUCGACAGUGACACGAGGCCAAGCUGCGUCUUGCCUGGCUCUGCGCGCAACUUCGAGUGCACCGUUCGCGACGCUCAUCCUGGCCACUGGGAGAUCACAUGGAUCAUCGACAGAGAGCUCGUGGUCACUGGCUCAGAAGUGAAAGAAUCAGGUGGCCUAGCCAACGUCAGCAGCAGGCUCACUGUUUCCAGUUUGCCUAUUCAGCUAGUGAAGAAUCUCACUUGUCAAGCUUCGUGUGUUGACACUCAGUUGCUUAGCAGGACAGUGCAGCUCCAGGCAUGUCAUG